AAAGCAUGAGCGCGCUUGCUGAUUUUAGGUCGCGCGCAUUAUCCCAGUCGCGAGCGCUGUUAUUUUAAGAGCGUUUUUAUUCACACACACACACACACAUAUAUAUAUAUAUAUAAAUAAAUAAUACAUUCAUUCUGUGCAUUGUAACAUAGACCAGUGUCAAAAAGCCAAAGGGAUAAGCUCAGGACGGAACGUUUGUUUUCCCCGCAUCAUGGUGAAGAUCAGCUUUCAGCCCAUCGCUGGACAAAAAGCAGAUAAAGAGGAGAGUGAUGGAGAUAAGACUCAAAUAUUCAUAUCGCAUCCACACGUGGAAGAGGAACUGGUCUUGCCUGUCGGACGGAAACGCUCCUCUUUGAGUGAACUCUGCUGUCUGACAACUGCACUGAUUGUCUUCACCUGCAGUCUGAUCUACGCAUCAAUAUAUAUCUACCGAUACUACAUCAUUCCUCAGGUUCCAGAUCAAAGUCGGUUCCACUGCCGUGUGGUCUAUGAGGACUCUGUGUCGGCUCCACUGCGAGGGUCUCACGAGCUGGAGGAAAAUGUGGGGAUUUACCUGAAGGAAAACUAUGAGCAAAUCAGUGUGCCUGUACCCGACUUCAGCAACACAGACCCUGCUGACAUCAUUCAUGAUUUCCAAAGGGGUCUGACGGCCUACCAUGAUAUCGCCUUAGACAAGUGUUAUGUCAUCGAGCUCAAUACCAGUGUGGUAAUGCCACCACGUAACCUCUGGGAACUGCUCAUCAACGUCAAGAAAGGGACUUACCUUCCCCAGACGUACAUUGUCCAAGAAGAAAUGGUUGUGACUGGCCGUGUUAAUAACAUGCAUCAGCUUGGACGGUUUAUUUACCGUCUGUGUAACGGUAAAGAUACAUACAGGCUCCGUCGUCGCACCUCUCGCCGUCGUAUCACCAAACGUGAGGUGCAGAACUGUCACAGCAUCCGUCACUUUGAGAACACGUUUGUGAUGGAGACAGUGAUUUGUGAAACCCCAUAGGCUGCUUGUGUCUUUGCUCCUCCCAUUUCUGACGAGAUCACAGUUGUUGGUCUCAGUAGCCACACCCACUUUGAAAUUCACACACUUUACCUCUGACCACUCUUUUCUCUUUUUGUAUUUCUAUCUCUCUCUCUCUCUCUCUGUACGUAAUAUGUAAUUAAUUACACCUGUUCCCUUAAAGGUGUCGAAACAUUUUGUUUCUUUGCAUAUUUGCAAUAAUGAUCAUUCUCUAAAUAGUGCAUCUUAAAUCCUAACAUGGUAGCAUCUGAUGUCUUAAAAUUAGACGAUUAAAUGGGCAUUAAGCUCAGAGUGUGAGUGUAUGUGUGUUUACACCCAUGCCUGCAUGCUUGCACCUGUGUGUGGCUGGCUGUUUGUGCUUUGUCGAUUUCCUCUUUGCUUUUUUGUAUAUUUGUGUGUUGUUAGAUCUAUACUCUUCACUCAGUGGUUCUCAACUGGAGGAUCGUGACUCAAAUAUGGGUCGCACUUAAAAAUUAACUGAACCUAGUGCCAGUAAAAGCGUCACAUGCCUCAUUAUAUUUAUCAUAAAUGUUCACUUACUCUGCUAUCUCAAUAUCCAGUUCUCUAUAAUGUAAUGAUAUCACUUCUACACACACUUCCUGUGACACUUCCUCUUUCCUUCUUUCUUUCGCCCUCUCUUUCCUUCUCUCUUUCUGCAUGCUUUUUAAGAGAACACACACAUCAUUUUGAGUAUUUUCUUAUCUUAUGAACAAAGCCUUAGGCCAGAUUCAUGCCCUGGACUAAUGUAUACAAUCUCUAAAUCUAUUUGUGUUUAUGUGUGUGGGUGUUGAAGUUAACAGAUCUUGUUUAGUUGGGUGAUGCAAACAUGCAAAUAAACCAAUAAAUUUAAUUGUGUCACUGA